AGAAGAGUGGAAUAUAUCGAGAUAAGGAAAUAAAAAGUGAGAAAAUGGGAUUGAAGAACCAGAAAUUGAAGGAGAGAAGGGAGAAUAGGAAAGCGAGGCUGAGAUUAUUGAUCCAAAGACUCUUGAAUUUGAAGAAGGAAGUCUUAGGCCUAACAACCCAAAAUUGCUCGUUUAUCCUUGUACCUUCAGCGUCUUUCUUUACUUCCUCUGCUUCCUCUUCGUUUGUUGUCGCCGAUGACCGGAGAUACAGGCGGGAGGCGCCCGCAACAUUAGCAAAAAGGGUACGUUUUAAACGGCAAAGAGGUUAUAACUGGUGUGUUCGGCGCCGAAAACCUCCUUCCAGAUGGUAUUAUCCAUUCCCAGUGAUCGCAAAAACCAUCUGGAAAGUGGUUUUCGGAAUUGGAGACGCUAGAUGUGGCUUCUACUGCGCAGAAAUCCCUUACUACUCUCAUAGCCGGAGUAGUCCCCGGAGAUAGUUCCAAUUUCCUGGCCGGAUCCAUUAACUGUUGCAGUUAAGAAGGAUGUGAUCGACCGGCACCUCUCACCUCCGACUGCUGACGGACUAGCGUUUGGAUGAAUUGUUUGAAUAAUCAUUUCCAGUUUGAUCCAAAAUGCAGGCUAACAACAUUGAGAAGAUGAUGGCUUAAAUGACCCAUUUCACUUCUGAAGUCAUGAGGUAAACCUAAUAAUAUAGUUGAAAUUAAGUAUAGAGUUUACCAGAAAAGCAGAAACUGAGAAGACAUUGGACCUGAACGGAUCCUUAAACUCCUUUGUCUCAAAGAAAAAUGUUAAACAACCACGAAGGAAAAACAUUAAACAAUCUUAGGUGGAUGCUAGGAGUGCUCUACCUAUCUUGUUUUUUUCUUUUUGUGUUUUUUCAUCCCCACACUUUCCUUUGUUCAAGAAAAAUAAGUGGGAACAAAGAAAUGACCAUAGUUCAG